AUGAAAACAUCUCACAGCUUAAUCGGCGUUUAUUUACUCUUGGCUAUUGUGGUUUGCUUGCUCAGUGAAAACACAUUUGCCUUCUCAUCAAAGGCUGUAGCCAAAUAUGAAAUGUCAAACACUGAGAGAAAGGCUAUGGAAAAGAGAUUUGGUAUUAAGAAUAUUGUUAAGCCAGUCACCCAAGUUAUUAAGAAGGUGGAACAUGAAGUUGAAAAAGAGUUGAAGAAUGUUCUUAAGGCUAUCGAAGGUGUUGGUGCUUCAUGUAAAUACACAAGAGAUGAUGGUCUUAAGAGAUUUGAAUGCGAUGUUGGAUUCCAUCAAAAAUUCUUGAUUGAAAGAGUUUCCAUCUCUGCUGGAUUUUACCUUGAAUUUAAUCUUAAUACUGAACAAGUUGAGAUGGGUAUCCACGCUUUUGGAAAGACCAUUGCUAAGGUUAGCUUUAAAUUCCACAUUCCUGAUCUCUGUUAUGAUGUUGUUCCAACUGUCGGAUUGUGUGUUGGUCUCAAUAACGUUAAAUUCAACAAGAAGAAUGACUGUUUGGCUGGUCAGUUGGCUUUGGAAAUUAAGGCCUUGGGUCAAAGAUUGAGAGUUUUGCACGAAACUAUUGGUUUCCAUGCAAGCAGAUGCUAA